CGUCACGGCCAGCAGAGAGCAGCAUUUAGGUAGCAGGCAUUCCGCGAAAAUGGCGGCGUUGUGCGUGCCCGGCGUUUCCAGAAGAGGCUUGACGUGGAUAGUCUUUGGGACAACACGCAGAGAAUUUUGGUCUGGAUCCAGAAAAGAAAAAGAGCCAGUGGAGACUGAGACGGUAGAAGAGGUGAAAAAAGAGCCUAUUCUGGUGUGUCCUCCCUUACCAAGCCGAACAUACAUACCUCCUGAAGAUCUUCAGAGUCGUUUGGAAUCUCAUGUGAAAGAAGUUUUUGGUUCAUCCCUCCCUAGUAAUUGGCAAGAUAUCUCACUGGAAGAUUGUCAUAUGAAGUUCAGUCUCUUGGCACAUUUAGCUGAUGACUUAGGCCAUGCAGUGCCUAACUCCAGGCUUUACCAGAUGUGCAGGGUUAGAGAUGUUCUUGAUUUCUAUAACGUCCCUGUUCAAGAUAGAUCUAAAUUUGAUGAACUUAUUGCUAGUGAUUUGCCUCCCAAUUUGAAAAUCACUUGGAGUUACUGAGCAGUUCAGAAGAUCAGCACAUUGAAGUCAUAGUUGUUGCCCUGAGCAAGGGGACUGCUUUUAGACUUUUUGUUACUUUACUUAUCAGAACUCUUCUCCAAAUCUAUUUUUUCCAUAGAGGAAUGCAUUAUUUCCAUCCUUCCAAUAUCAUGAAUUAACAAAGAAAUGGUAGGAUUUUCUUUUCACAUUUGCUGAAACCAUUUUUUUUUUUUUUUAAAUGGAAUCAGGUCAUUAAGAAUUUAUGGAGUUUCUUCAGAGGACACUAACGGGCUUUAGAUAGGAGGUCUUUACAAGUUCAGAUGUGUUCUUUACCCUUCAUAGGCAUAAAGCAAUAAUUGCAAGAAAAUGUUAUAAUCCUAUUAGGAUUCUUAAAUCUAAGCUGUAAUUAUCAUAUGUAAAAUGCAUAAAUAAGGAAACUUAAUACAUGUUUAUAAAAGAAACCAGUCUAUGUUGUAUAUUACAGAAAGUUGUUACUUUCACUGUUUUACUGCAUGAGUAGAAAUAGUAGAAAAUAUAUAGUGCAUUCUGGAUUAAUCUCUUGAAAUUAAAGUAGAUUUCUUCAAGUGUGUUGUAUCUUUAAAAUUUUUUAAGUGAAUUUGCUUUUGUUCUUUACCUUAUCAUUCCCUUAAAAUAAAUAUUAUAACUUUGAAAAAUCAGAACAUGUGGCAACUAUUAAGUGUUAUGACUUUUUAAAAAUAAGAGAUAUGCUAGAUUUUAUAUUUAAUUGCAUACUCUCUUCAGAGGAGAUGAGCUUACUUCAAACCUUUUUUCUGUAACUUUUAAAAAGUGUCAUUAGAGUAAGAAUCCACUGGUGGCUAAUCUUUGUACUUUGAUGUACUUAAUUUAUGGAACAUACUCAAAUAAAAAAUUACCCGAUGGUUCUAAGUGACAGAAUUAAAUGAUUGAAUUAGGAAUUGUUUUCUGACUUUAGAUAGGAUUAAAGAAGAUUGAGGCAGGAAGAAGAAAUGUCUUAUAUUGUUUUAUUUUGACUAAUGACAAUUCUGAAAUAAAAAUGAUAGAAAAGGAA